AUUGUAUAAAAGAAAUUCUUAAAGACCAAAAGAAAUGCAUAAGCGUCUCCAAGGGAGGGUUGCCAGAAGGCUGAUCAUAUUACAUGGGCAAUCUGGGAUGUUUGAUGAUGCUCAGAAGUUGCUUGAUGAAAUACCCAAUGGAGGUUUGUUGUCGUUCAAUGCCCUUACGGGGCCCUGCGUCAAUUCAAAAAAGUUUGAUGAAGUGAAUAGGCUUUUCAAGGAGUUGCCAGAGAUAUUAUCUAUCAUACCAGAUAUAGUCUCGCACAACACGGCCAUAAAGGCAUUUUGUGAGAUGGAUUCUUUAGAUUCAGCCAGUUUGACGCUCGUUGAGAUGGAGAAGAAAGGUGUGGAGCCAGAUCUCAUUACAUAUACCAUGCUUCUGGAGGCUUUUUACAAUAAUGGGAAGUUUGUCGAUGGGGAGAAUAAUUGGAAGGGAAUGGUGGAGAAGAAUAGAGCUCCUGAUAUUAGAAGUUAUAAUGCCAGAUUGCAUGGAUUGGUGAUAGAGAAAAGAACAAAAGAUGCAGGGAUGUGUGCCACUGAGUUCGAGGUUGUGAUCAAAAUAAAUGGUCGUAUGGCACAUCCUGAUAAAGUGGCAUUUGAACUGUUAAAGCUAGUUCCGCUGAUUUCUGAGAAGGGUGCUGGAGAUUUUGCCUACGGGGUGUGUAAAGAGGUUAUGAUCAAAAUAAAUGGUUUUGUGCCACUGCCUAAUAAAGUGGCAUUUGAACUGCUAGAGCUAGUUCCGCUGAUUUCUGAGAAGGGUGCUGGAGAUUUUGCCUAGGAGAUGUGUAAAGAAGUUAUCUGUACAAGGCACAGUAGAAAGCUCCUUAUUGAUGUGUCAUUGCAGCAGAAUGUGGUGGAUGAACUGGUUAGGCGGUCCAAGAGUGAAGAGGCAUUGAAUCUUGUGCAACUUGCACAUGUAUGGAAUUACCCUCAUUAUCAGGAGCUGCAUUUUCCUUAGUGUUUGUCUACCCAAUUUGAUAUUUCUUAGUUUGUUUGAACUUGAAGACAAACAAAUAUGAAAUAUUUGA